UCAUCUGCUGCCUUCUUUCAUUUGCUACGCUGAGAUUUAGUAACAAUGACGGACGAGCCAAUUUUAUUGACUGCCUGGCCCAGCUUUUUUGGGAUGAGGGCAAGAAUCGCCCUGGAUGAAAAGGGUAUCAGCUACCAACACAGGGAAGAAAACUUAUUUGACAAGAGCCCUUUUCUGCUGCAGAUGAACCCAAUUAAUAAGAAGGUUCCUGUAUUGGUCCAUAAUGGCAAACCCAUCUGUGAAUCCCUCAUCAUUGUUCAAUACAUUGAUGAGGUUUGGAAGGACAAAUCUCCUCUGUUGCCUUCUGAUCCUUACCAACGAGCCCAGGCCAGGUUCUGGGCUGAUUACAUUGACAAGAAGGUUUACAAUUGUAUAAAUGGAAUAUGGACUACAAAGGGGGAAGAACAAGAGGCAGCUAAGAAGGAAUUCAUAGAGGUCAUGAAGGUUUUGGAAGGAGAGCUUGGAGAUAAACUUUACUUUGGUGGUGACAGUUUUGGGUUCUUGGAUGUGAGCCUUGUGCCUUUCUACUGCUGGUUUUACGCCGUGGAGAAAUGUGGAAACUUCAGCACAGAAGCUCAGUGCCCAAAGCUGGUUGCUUGGGCCAAGAAGUGCAUGGAGAGGCAGAGUGUGGCCAAUUCCCUAUCUGACCCAGACAAGGUCUACAAUUUGGUUCUGGAACUCGAGAAAAUGAAUGAUAUAGAGUAGAUAAGUUGGAAAGAA